AAGCUUUCUGUUUGUGUAAUUCUAAACAGAGAGAAAAUUGAAUAAAUCCAACUUAAUGGAAUUGGUCAAUUUUUAAUUGAAAAGCACUUCCUGUUAACCGCGCUUUUUGAAUUUGGCAGACAUAGCCACAAAACAUGCAGACGGGGAGUUACCCUCUACCUCUUUACUCAUCUAUCUGGUUGACUACGAUGAGAUGGCAGUGUAAAACCUGCGGAUUCAGAGCAACGACAAGGGGUGAUCUUCUGACCCAUUACAGGCUACAGCACAGGACAUUUGAAACUGGAAAUUCGGCCACGUGACAUGGAUCCAUCAAUGCUCCGGGUGAUCUUUGGACACAGGAUUGAGAAACUGACUCUUCUGUCUGGAAUACCGGAUACUGUUGAGGAGCUGAAUUUGGCCGUCAAGCAGACAUUAGACAUCAACGAUGACUUCAGCCUGCAGUAUUUAGAUCCAGAUUUUGAUGACUUUUUUACUCUCCACUCCACUGCUCAAAUUAAACACAAAGCCACAAUUAAGGUUGUGACAAUCGAACCAGUAAUUCUCAAUUUGUAUCCAGUACCACACAAUGAAAGCUGCAACGCAAGUGUGACCUCAGAGCAAUCCUUUACUCCAGCCUCCACAAGUUCCACUGCACAGGACUCCCCUGACUCAUGUGAUUCUUGUGCAAGCACAAUCAUCCUGUCACCAAACAGAAGCCCACAAAGGAAGCCAUGGCCAGCUGAAUUCAUCAUUCCACACUUCUCUGUUGAAACUGAAGUUGUUCUUGAAAGAGCCAAUGAAGUUUACAAAAAAGAUGGCACACUGCUGACCUAUCCAAACAUCAAGUCAGACAUACUUGAAAAGCUAGCUCAGUCCAUUUAUACAUAUACUGCCUAUCCAUCAUCCCUGCAAGUUCUAUCUGUUGCUGAAGCACUUAUUAAGGCCCACCCAUGUCUGAAGGAUCCGGGGAGCUCUUCAGGUCUCAGUGGAUGGCAGACUAGCAUUAAAUACAAAAUGGCUAACUACAGAACAAAGCUAAGAGGCUAUGGUAUGCCAGAUGUUACAUGCAAUUCUCUGAAACAUAAAUGCCCUGAUGACAGAAAGUCUGCUAAAAAUGUUAAAAAGGCAAGAAGAGCUGAGGUCAAUUACCUCCCACCCUACCCAGCAGGUGAAGAUGAGCACAGCUUGGAACAAGCAAGGGAAGACCUAGUCACUGAGUCAAAGAAGAAGAACAACGAAAAGAUAGUCACUGAUAAAAUGAGCAAAACAUUUGCCCUCAGACGACAUGAAGUCAUCAAUCAAUGUCCAAGUGUUCAAACCAUGAAGGACCGCUGGCCUGCCCUGUUUAAUUGUUCUCAAAUCAGUGCUGAAUUUCAGAGAAUAACCACUGUGCAACUGGAACCCAAAUUUAUGUCUGGGUUGGACCUUCACACUCCCAAGCUACUGAAGCUGUUUCAUGCUAAAGGUGGAGCACUUGGACAAAGACUGAAGAUCAUAAUGGAACCACUGGAGAACUCCACGUGCCCUACGGUUGAGACGGCCAGAGAGGUUGUCCUUCGGUGCCUUAUAGAAUACCUUGGAGAGCAUGGGGAACAUCUCAUCAAAGAGUUCAGUAACAGCUUCAGUCUGUUGAAUCAAUUCUAAGGAGCACUGAAGUUGUUGGCUGCUGGUGGAUCAACUCCUUCUGGUUUUCAUGAGUGAUCAGUGAACAGUGAAUAAGGGCCCUAAAUAAACAUGAACUUAAAAUUUUGCUUUAAUUUGUCAUUCACCCUUACAUUGACAUGGGUGACAUAGAGCUCUUUAUUAAAAAUCUUUGUGAUGUGUUGUGCAGUUUUUUUUUUAAGUGAUAUGCUACUUUAAAAAUAAAGUUUUAUGCUAUGGCACUGAUUACAUUUUCAUGUUGCAGGACACCGAGAACUUGGAGGAACUUGGACAGCUUGUAGUGGCAAUAACUGUGAUCACAAAGGACAUAGCCUCCACAAGCGACAGCCCAAAGGAAAUUGGAGUUGUCAUUGAGGGCAUGGAAGUCAUCAGAGGACUUGGAGAUAUUGCCAGGGCUUGCUGUCUCCUCUUGGGCUUGACCUAUGCACUGAAUCUCGACUAUCCCAAGCAGUUGAAGUACACCUUUGAGGUAUUCCAAAAACUUUUCUUGGAACUGGAUGCAUCAAAGCUGUCAAAGAAAGUACAGUCCCUCAAGAGCAAACUUCUGGCUUGAACUGAGACUACGGUCGCACACUUUUGUGCCACACAAGGUUCAGCUUUAACAAAGCUUGAGAAUUGAAUGUUUGAAGGUGCCAAAUGGUGUGAAAUUUCUGUUGUGGUCAGUUCAAGGUAAAAUGUUUAUGUACAAAUUGUUCUUUUACAUGUUUUCUUUUGGGGCAAGUGCACUUUUCAAGGAUUUGUGCUUUUUCUUUGAGAUCAUAACUGAUAUAAUUUAAUGGCUCACUGUGCUGAGGAAGCAAGCAUAGGAUUUUUCUUUUCGACAAGACAAUUAUUUCAGUUUAUACAAUGACCAUAAAUGGUCUCCUCUCUUAUUUGUCACAAGCAUUUAAUUUAUUUGUAAAUUUAUGUCAGUAGGACAGUGUAGCCAUGCCCUAACGUUUCUUAGUUCUUCUCGACAGGUCCUCUGGCAACUGUACUCAUUUUUGUUUUCACAAAAAUAGUGUUCAAGGUCAGCAUUUGUAAAAGUUUGCAAUGAAAUGCUAUAAUUUUUAUAAUUAAAAGUGUUACGUUUGGCAAGAAUUUAAUGUGUGUACUGUUAAUUGAGUUUUAUUUACUCUGUACUUCGUGGUACCCAUUGUAAUCUCACCUUAAAAUGUGGGUCAUGAGAUAAACACAAUAUAUCUAAGUAAGAAUUAUAUUUAGAUUUAAUUAAAUCCACUAAGUAAAUUCAAGUAAAUUCACUGAUUAAGAUAUAUCAUUAUUACUCAAUUACAUGGUAC